AUGUUAAUCAUAAUCAUAACACAUCGCAAAUGUCGAACAAUAACAAAUUUGAUAACAAGUAAUACAAUUGUUUUAUCAAUGAUCUAUUCAAUCUUUCAAUUAAAUUCGGAUUUUCAUGGAUUACAAUCAAAUUGGUUAACAAAUCAACCAGCUUGUUUCUUUCGUGCAUAUUGUUAUACAGCUGUUUGUAUAUCUGUUCCAACAUCUUAUGUGGUUCAAGCGAUUAGUCGAUUGUUUUUUUCCGUUUUUUAUAAACAUAAAUCUUUAUUAACUUAUCGUACUCAUAUUUAUUUAAUAAUACUGAAUUAUCUAAUUGCAAUAUUAGGAGCAUUAGGACCGAUGUUUGUUCCAAAUGCUUAUGGAUUAGAAAUUGAAUCAAGAUUAUGUUUAAAUACAACAAAAGUAUUUUUAUCAUCAUUUUUAGCAGUAACAAUUGCCUAUUUAAUUCCACUUUCAAUAAUCAUUCCGAUUUAUGGAAUUAUCUUUCUUCAUGCUCAAAAAUCAACAAAUCGAGUGACACAUCUCAAUACAAAUCCUGUUUUAGAAUUCUCAACAACAGCAGCAGUAAUAAUGACAACACCGAAGAUAAUUAUUCCAAAUUAUAAACGCGAGUUAAAAUUAAUGAGAAAUAUUAUUAUUUUAAUAAUGAUAUUAACAACUGCUGGAUUACCUUAUCUAAUUUUAGUCAUUUGGCAAGUCAUAACAAAAGAAAUUUUACCUCCUGAAUAUCUUUAUUUAUUAGCGUUAAUUAUUAUUACAGGUUGUUUUUCAAUUAAAAUGAUUACAAUCUUUUCUAUGAACAAAGAAAUUAAAAAUAUUACUUGGCAUUUAAUACGGAAAUUAAUUUAA